GACGCUCCUUCAUUCUAUCUGUUUUUAGCAUUUUUUUUUUCCUUUUGUGAAACGGAAAAACGUGACUUCCUUCGUUUCAGCUCCCCUUCCUUGUGUCCGUUUGCUUCCAUUCCCGAGAAUCUCUACAUCGCCUCUUUCAGUCAGAGCGUCCUCAGACAUAAUAGCAGCUUUUUCCUAGCCAGAGAGAGAGAGAGAGAGAGAGAGAGAGAGAGAGAGAGAGAGAUGGCAGCGGCGAAGCAAGACGAUUUCCAGCCGCAUCCGGUGAAGGAGCAGCUGCCCGGCGUAGACUAUUGCAUCACCAGCCCACCUCCCUGGCCGGAAGCCGUCUUAUUGGGUUUUCAGCAUUAUCUUGUAAUGCUCGGAACUACCGUUCUAAUUCCAACGAUCCUUGUUCCUCAAAUGGGCGGCGGCAAUGAAGAGAAGGCCAGAGUAAUCCAGACCUUACUCUUUGUCGCUGGUUUGAACACCUUGUUGCAGUGCUACGUUGGCACUCGGCUUCCUGCAGUGAUGGGAGGAUCGCGCACAUUCGUAGUUCCAACAAUUUCGAUCAUCCUUUCCAAUCGAUAUAACAAUGUCUUGGAUCCCCGUCAGAGAUUUCUACAGACGAUGAGAGGAAUACAGGGGGCUCUAAUUGCCGCCUCUAGUUUUCAGAUAAUUGUCGGGUUUAGUGGGCUUUGGAGAAAUGUGGUAAGGUUUUUGAGCCCCCUUUCGGCUGUUCCAAUUGUAGCUCUUUCUGGUUUUGGGCUUUAUCAGCUUGGUUUUCCAGGAGUGGGAAAAUGUGUUGAAAUUGGGCUUCCUCAAAUAAUCUUAGUGAUCCUCUUUUCACAGUUCCUCCCUCAAUGGAUAGACGGGAGGAGAGCUCUAGUGGGUCGAUUUGCAGUCUUGGUUUCGGUGGCUAUCGUGUGGGUUUAUGCACAUAUUCUGACAGUGGGUGGAGCAUAUAAGAAUAGACCUCCAAGGACUCAGUUUAAUUGUCGUACUGAUCGGGCUGGGCUCAUUGGUGCUGCUCCCUGGGUAAGGUUUCCGUAUCCAUUUCAAUGGGGCAGUCCCACCUUUGAUGCUGGAGAAUCUUUUGCCAUGAUGGUUGCUUCAGUGGCUGCUCUUAUUGAGUCCACAGGUACAUUGAUUGCAGUGUCGAGAUUUGCAAGCGCCACACCUGUACCACCUUCUGUUCUGAGUCGUGGAGCUGGCUGGCAGGGAAUGGCAAUUUUGUUUGAUGGGAUGUUUGGGACUGCAAAUGGUUCCACAAUAUCAGUUGAAAACGCAGGUCUCUUGGGAUUGACACGAGUUGGAAGCCGAAGAGUUAUUCAAAUAUCAGCAGGGUUUAUGCUUUUCUUUUCUGUAUUAGGAAAAUUUGGAGCAGUUUUUGCUUCUAUCCCAAUGCCUAUUGUAGCAGCUUUGUAUUGCAUCUUGUUCGCUUAUGUUGGUUCUGCAGGGCUUGGAUUCCUUCAGUUUUGCAACGUCAACAGCUUCAGAACCAAGUUCAUACUAGGCUUCUCAUUCUUCAUGGGAUUAUCUGUGCCUCAAUACUUCAAUGAGUACGCAUCGGUGGCUGGAUAUGGCCCUGUUCACACUAGCGCCAGAUGGUUUAACGACAUGGUGACCGUGAUAUUUUCAUCACCUGCAACGGUAGCGGGUAUGAUUGCAUUCUUCUUGGACUGCACCCUCCACCGCGGGGACAGCGCGAGGCGAAGAGACAGAGGCUGGCAUUGGUGGGCCAAGUUCAGGUAUUUCAAGACUGAUCAAAGAAGCGAAGAAUUUUACUCCCUCCCCUACAACAUGAACAAAUAUUUCCCCUCGGUCUAAGUUGGAAAACACUGUCCGACCACCUGUUGAUAUCCUGAUCAGGUCAGAUUGCCUGCCCCACCCAAUUAUAUCCUUUCUCAGAAAGCAUACCAACACAAGUUUUAAUCCUUGCCACAUAUAUAUAAUAUAUAUUGAACAUGAGAAUUACGAGGUCAGAUUCAGGGACCAUAAUUUGUUUUUGGGGUGGGGUCCACUUUGGAUCCCUUGCCCUUUAAGGAAGACUCCAUUAUUAUGUUGGCGAAGCCUGUAAUUAGCUUCUUUAUAUCCAUUGGAUGAAAUUUUAUCACUGAAGGCUUAAUUAAGAUCCUAUUUAUCAGGUUUUUGUGCUA